UCGCAAGAAAAAGAAGAAGAACAGUUGUUUAUUUGGAGAAAGCAAAAUAAUAAGAGUUUACCUCAAUAGAAAUUGAGGAAAUCUAAGUAUAAAUGUGGGAAUCGAUGUAGAUUUGUAAGUAGCAGAGAAUAGUUACACAGUGCGUCCCAAAAUCUCAGUCAUUGAUUUGGCCAAAGCUGCUGGUUUCGCGACGAUUCUGUUGUGCCUACGUUUCACAAAAACGCUAGUCGCGGAUGUAUUUAGUAAAAUAAUUAUCAGGCUUGAAGCGUUGUAAAGAGUCCUAGCCGUAUAUCAGUCGAUUUGAACGUAAAAUGGCAUCCGCCGUGGAGGAUCCCACAAACAACGACUGCCAAAGCGAUGACGAAGGGGAGAUUGACGGCAAGUUCGAGGAGUAUAUGUCCAAAGUGGAUAUCAUCAAGUGUCCCGGCUGCCUGUACGAAUCUUCGGCAGAAGAAGUCAGAACUCACAUGAAACAAACCCACUUCCAGCAAAAGUACUGUAACAUUUGCGAAAAACAAUUCAGCGAAUGGCGCGGGGCGCACUGUUUGAAACAUCUUCUGAUCGCGAUCAUUUCCCAGCUGAAGGAGCAAUGCUCGAACUGUUCACAGCUUUUCAUGCUCGACACGAAGCGAUCCGAAGAGGAUAACUUCACUUGUAAAUCAUGUCAGAAGUUGUCUGGGACGAAGGAACCCGUGGAAAACAGCCCGCAUCCACAUCGCUGCGACAUUUGCCACAAAACCUUUACUUUUAGGAAAGCGCUCAUCGAACACAGGCGGAGCGUGCAUGUGGGUAACGAUUUGUACCGCUGUGAUUACUGUCCCAGAGUCUUCUAUUACCAGAAGACCUUGAGUGCCCAUCGGCGCAUUCACAUAAAUCCUAUUUCUUGCGAGAUUUGCUUCUCAGAGUUCCACAGCCACUACAAACUAAAACGACACAUGUCCUCCCAUGCCGAUGCCCCGCAGUACAACUGCAGUAGUUGCGGUAAAAUCUUCUACUCGCUGGCGUUCCUGGAUUCACACAAACCGUGCCGGAGCCAGGUGGCGGACACAAGUGACGAUUUGUAGAGUUUUAAUGACAAUUUUUUGGAAGUAACGCAAUGGGGAUAACUUGAAUGCAGCCUGGAAUAGAUGCGAAUGUGAUGUAAAUAAAACGAAUAAUGCUGCACGCAAGAUAUCAAAGUUAUUUCAAAUGUUAAGAAACCAGUCUCCAUGGUCCACUUGAAAGUGAAGAUGAAGCUCAUGAAAGAAUGCUGACCUGAUUGUUUGGGUACUUUUCAGUGGACUACAAACGCUACGCAUUCUGAUACAAUCCAAGAAAAUCGCACAAUGGGCCACCUCACUCCUUCCAUAAUAAUUCCAGGGGCAGAAGCUGCUCGACUUCAUUUUAAAACCAGACGACACUGUUGUUCAGAAGAUGUGACUGCCAGGCUAGUUAGAUGGUUUUCCCCAAUUAGUUUUAAUUUAUUUACCGUAAGAAUGAUAUUAGGAAAAUGUGAAGACUUGAGCAGUAUUGAUUUUAAGCUAAAUGAAAUCUUUUAAACGAUGAAACCGGAAGAACUGAAUACUCAACUGCAUGGGUGAGUGGUCAGAAUAUAUUUUAAGGACGUAGCCAAUUUAGGUUUUGAUUUUAUAUUGUACUUGGUGAGAAUAAACUUCCUAAGCAAACUA